UGUGAUGACAACCAUCUGCGACCUCCCCGAAGAUGUCCUGGUGGAGCUGCUUUCGCUGCUCCCAGCCCGGCACCUGAUCUGCACCUGCAGGCUGGUCUGCACGCAGUGGCGGUACGUGGUGGAUCUGACCACCCUAUGGAAACGCAAGUGCCAGCGUGAGGGGUUUUACAUUCAGAAUUUGGACAGAAGCAUCUCUGACUGGAAGAUCUUCUAUAUGCUCUGCAGCCUGAAGAGAAACUUAAUCAAAAACCCCUGUGCUGAAGAGAACUUUCAGCACUGGAAGCUUGAUAAAAAUGAGGGAGAUAAAUGGAAGAUUGAGAAUCUGCCUGGACCUCAUGGAAAAGGGAUGCUGGACCCCAAAGUACACAAAUACUUUGUCACUUCAUAUGGGCCGUGCUUCAAGUCUCAACUCAUUACCCUGAAGAAAGAAGGAUACUGGAAUCAGUUGAUGGAUGAGAAACGGCCUGAAAUUGUAGUCAAGGACUGGUACGCGGCCAGAUUUGACUGUGGAUGUCGCUACGAACUUACCGUGAGGCUGCUCUCUGAAGACUACAUUGUCCUUGAGGAGUUCCACCCCGAGCCAGUGGUUAUAGAGCAGUGGAACGAUGCGGUGUGGCAAGAGAUUUCUCACACCUUCCAGAAUUACCCAGCUGGAGUUCGUUACAUCUGGUUUCAGCACGGAGGCCAAGACACCCAGUUCUGGGCAGGAUGGUAUGGGAUCCGAGUGACAAACACCAGCAUCACCAUUGGGCCCCUGACGUUGUUAUGAAGGCACAAUACAGGUGUUUGCUUUAAACUCAGGGCUGUAACCAGGUGGUCUCAGGUGUACUUAUUGGUCUGUACUCUCUGGCUGAGUGUCCUGGCUUUGUCUUGCACAGUUGAUCUCCAACACCAGCAGCUAGUUCUCCUUGUUCACAGAACUUCUGCAGGCCCAGCCCUUUGGAAGGAUUUCUGUCUUCAUCUUUCAUCCCCCCGUACCACUGCUGUUACUGCUGCCCUUCCACCGGAGGAAGACUAGGGCAAUUAAAUAUGACAUCUGUCUUUUCUAGUUAAUACAUCUUUGUGCUACAGCCAAACACUAGGCCUUAAAUAGGAACCAUUUCUUGUUUGUUUAUGGAACUUAUGAAAGAUAGGGCUAAAAUGUUUCAUUUCAGAUUACUGAUGCUGUCCUCAAGGGCUCUGCUACAGAGAGACUUGUUUUGUACGGUAUUUUCCCGUUUCAGUUUAAUUAUGUAUAAAAACAUGUAUCUUUCACAUCAGACCUUUCAUAGCAUAAGAAAACUGUCAACCCUUUUUCAUAAAUGCUGUGUCACUGGUACACUAUUCCUCACCGUUUCUGUAAGUGUGUGUCACUGGUACACUAUUCCUCACCGUUUCUGUAAGUGUAUAUGAUCAAAAUGGUACGUACCUUCCCGUCCAAAUACAGCCCCUCACUAUUCGAAUAAACAGCUGGAGGAAGUAGGAGAUAAGGAAUCCCUUAAGGUGGCUACCUUGCACUGUAAGUGCCUUUUGAUUGUGCUGGGCUUUUUCCAUGCUACCUUUGUACUACCAAAGUACUUCAUUUCUACU